AACAUUUCAGUUCAGCUUCAGACUCCGCGAGAGACGUACGUCUUUAACGUUAGAUCAAAUCUAAAACUUUAUCGAUAUCGAACACGAUACCGGACAUUGACUGAAUUUUUGUUGGAAGUGGUUUUAAAAUUGAAUUGUUAUUGGUGAAUAAGAUGAAGGUUCUUGUUGGCGACAAAGUGUCGUAUGUGGGAGAAGAACCGCGGGUGGAGGAGGAAACGCAGAAAUUGCCCAAGGAAGAAUUAAACAGAGGCUGUCCCCUGGGCGUGUCCCGCGUCACAUCAUCCGUGUUCGUGUGCGGUGCGCACGCGCUGCCCGGCGCGGUGGCGGCGCUGCGGCCCGGGCUCGUGGUGAGCGCGGCACCGGAGCUCCCGCCCUUCGAGGGCGCGCCGCUGCACUGCGUGCCGCUGCUCGACACCCCGCAUUCUGACAUGCACCCGUACAUGGAGAGGGUGGCUGAUCUGAUUAAUGAGGUCGUUUCACGAGGAGAAGUCGUGUUAGUGCACUGCGUCGCUGGCGUGUCCAGAUCUGUCACGCUAUGUCUAGCUUACCUGAUCAAGUGGGAGAAGAUGACACUGCGGGACGCCUACCACCAUAUGAAACUUAGACGACCGCAAAUUCGGCCGAACACCGGAUUCUUCAAACAGCUGAUUAAGUACGAAGAGAGGUUGUUCGGUGUGCCCUCAGUCAAAAUGGUGUACUGCGAAGCCAUCGACAAGGAGAUACCGGACGUAUACGAACCGGACUACAGAGGCAUGAUGUGGUUCCGGAAGAGAUAUGGUCCGAUCGAGAAGUGCUAGUGACUGGACAAGCAUGACUGCGUAUUUAGCAAGAUGCUAGUGGUUUUUCUGCAUCAAAAGUAGAGUUUUAGAGAUCUUUUUUCAAAUAUUCUUUGUUUAUUUACUUCAAAAUUUAAUUUUUUUUUCCGUUCUGAAUCAUUUCAGUAAUUUUCAGUCUUAUAGUAACUAGUAUCUUGUUAAAGUGACUGCAAUGUAGAUCUGAAUAGAGACUCUGAAAUAGAUCGUAUGUAGUGAUACAAGACUGAACGAAUGAAUGCUUUCGGAUGUGCUAGGAGAGGUUUGAAAGACUGGAGGAGUUAUUUCUUAAGAUUUUUUGUCGAUAUAAUGUUAAGUAAUUACGUUAAAAUAAUUAUAUCGUAUAACAAGGGUCUGUAAUUUGGAUUAUAGGUACCAAAUAUUAAUUACUUCACUACUUAUUUUCUGUAUCAUAUUUCAAGUUAGUUCUGUUGAUGUAAAACGAAAAUAUUGUUUUUUUCUUCGGUGUGCGUACCUAAUUCAGUAAACAUUUUUAAAACUAGUUUUGAGUAUUUAUCCAGUACACUUUAAGAACUCACGGGUAGUAGGUACAUAUCUACAAUUACCUAAAUGAUAGCAAUAGUAAAAUUACAAUUGAUGGAACUUAAUUUUUUACGUCUAAUAUACUUUUAAACGGAAUUGUUUUACUCUUCACAUGUGUUAUGAGAGUAAUAUGUAUAAUUAUUUACGCGAAUAACUUGAGCUUUUGAAGUAGGAAGAUAGCAUUCAAAGCAAUGUGAUAUGUAAUUGUUAUGUUAUCUUAGUCAAGUAAGUUAUUUAUUUGUGUUUAAUUUAUUGGGACCAAAAUAAAUAAGUUAUGAAUUUUCA